AGGCCACCAUGGAGACAGGGCGCCUGGAGAGCUGGAGCCCUUGAAGCAGGCCUUGGACCUGGGAGUCUGUGGGAUCUUGUCCCAUGUGCUCCUGUGCCUGCAGCCCUCAGGUGAGGCCUUUGUGGGCAGCAAGGGUUAGGCUGAUUGCUCAGUUGUGGCUUGGAAAACCACCUGGGAGGUUCCAGCUCAGCUCCCAAGGACACUGCCUUAUGUGCUCCCCCAUCGGGUGCGCCCAGGGGGAAGUAGGCGUGUGAGCACCGGCCCUCCCAGGGCGCCCUCCUCCCACCCCAACAUGCAUAACCCCACCGGCAGGCAUGUGCCUGCCAGUGUGACCAGCUCCUUCCCCCAGAUAGCAGAGCAGUGGAAGAGCUGCAGGCAGAGCACGUGAAGCCUCUGUGGAGUGAGGCAGCCAGAGUCAGGCGGAGACAAGAGACCAGGGGAGACAGAAGAGAAGCCCCCUCAAGAAAAGAAAGUGACAGCCAAGGUACCAGGCUCGAGGACAUGGAGCCAGGGCUGUGGAGCAAGACUAACACGCUGGUACACCAGGUUUGGACAGCGGUCAGCAAGGCACUGUUCGCUGAGUUCCUGGCCACAGGACUGUACGUGUUCUUUGGUGUGGGCUCCGUCCUGCGCUGGCCCUCGGCACUUCCCUCCAUGCUGCAGAUCGCCAUCACCUUCAACCUGGCCACAGCCACAGCAGUGCAGGUCACCUGGAAGACCAGUGGGGCCCACGCCAACCCUGCUGUGACACUGGCCUUCCUCGUAGCCUCCCACAUCUCCCUGCCCCGGGCUAUGGCCUAUGUAGCUGCCCAGUUGGCAGGGGCCACUGUGGGGGCUGCUCUGCUUUACGGGGUCACCCCGGGAGAUGUCCGAGGGACGCUUGGGAUCAAUCUGGUCCAGAACAGCACCUCGACUGGCCAGGCAGUGGCAGUGGAGCUGAUUCUGACCCUGCAGCUGGUGCUCUGUGUCUUUGCCUCCAUGGACAGCCGUCAUACACUGGGUUCUCCAGCCGCCAUGAUUGGGAUGUCUGUGGCAUUGGGCCACCUCAUCGGGAUCUACUUCACUGGCUGCUCCAUGAACCCAGCCCGCUCCUUCGGUCCUGCAGUCAUCAUUGGCAAGUUCACAUUGCACUGGAUCUUCUGGGUAGGCCCCCUGACAGGGGCUGUCCUAGCUUCGCUCAUCUACAACUUUAUCCUGUUCCCUGACACCAAGACUCUGACCCAGCGCCUGGCCAUCCUCAUGGGCACCACCGAGGCAGAGAGAGUAGAGGUGCAGCCUGAGAAAAAAGACUCCCAAUCCAGUUCGGGGGACACGGAAGUGAGCGUGUGAGCAGCCCGGCCCGUGCAGAGUGCAGGGAGGAGCACUGCAGGGGGCAUCGUUUCUUGCAUGACCUGACUCGGCUUCCCCGUGAGGGGACUGGAAUGGGGACGAGGGGGCCUGCUCCCUUGCUCUAGCAGGGUGUGCUGGGUUGAGGGGAGCCAAGCCUUAUCCCUGGCAUUACACUCUUUUUCUCUUUUUAAAAAUGGUAAAGGGUUGGAACCUAGAAGCUCACUCACACUAGGCAUUAUCACUGAGCUGCAUCUACACUUUUUUUCUGAGAUAAAGUAUUGCUAAAUCGGGGAGGUUGGCCGCAAACUCACCAUCCUCCUGCCUCAGUCUCCUGAGUAACAGGGAGUAUAGGCCUACUGCAUGUGCCCAUCUUCUACAAUUAUAAGUCAAAUAAAUCUUGGAGCAAAUCUGUCUGGUUCCUUCCCCUUAGACCUUCCCUAUUUCCUAAGGGGACAGAAUGGGGCUGGGGGACACUGGUCUUUAUGAUACUCUCCCUUUUUCACAGCCAGCUAGACCUGGUGAGAGUCCUGUUCCUCCAGAUCCUUGUCUUAGGGGAAAGGGAAUCAGAGCCCUGGCAACCAUUCUUCUAGGACUCUAACCAGGGAACCUUAGCCCUUAGGAAGGGGGCGGUCUUCCCAGAAGAACUGGGCUCUGGGAUAGCCCCUGAGCUCUGCGGGAUUGCCUGCCCUUGGGGAUGGUCUGGGGGCUGUGGUUCCAUCAGACCAGGGGCUGCCUAAGGACAGUGUGUCAUCAUCCCUGGCUUCUUCCAGUGCUCACAAAGGUGCCCUUGCUGAUGGAGAGAAACCUUUCCUCAGCUGGAAAAGGGGCAGGAUAUAGGAAAGGAGCUUUGUCUCAGGGCAGGCCCUCCACAAGCUGUCACAGCAGGGAGUCCCUGUCCCUGUCCUCAGCUCAUGGCCUGGGCCAGAAGAAGCCUCUCCAGCCUCUUCCUCGGCAUCACAGGAUUCCCAGGGAAGCUGAUGAAUAAGACCUAGGGGCAGGAGGAACAUGGGAAGGACCCAGGAAACCAAGACUCAAGCUUCAGAGCCUCCAAAGGAUUAAGGAAUCUCAAUAGGCUUGUUAAAAUUUAAAGGUUGCUGUAAUUACUCUGCCCAUGACUUGGAAUCCUACCUGGGUUUCAACUUCCCAGCUGUAAAAUGGGUACAAUCUUCCUUCUGGGGCUGCUGUGAAACAAUAAGAGAUUAGAAAAUGCUCUGGGGAGUUAAAACAUUAGAAAAACAACCCCAAUAAAUGAUGAUUAUUGUUGCUAUUACUGUAAUUACUAGGUUUGAAUACAAUCGCUAUUGGUAAUGGGAGGGAGGAGGGAAGUAGGGAGAAGGAAGGGAAAAAGUGAGAUUUGACGUCUUUAGCUCCGUUUACUUUAACAGGGACCCUGCCUCCUGCUCUCCGGUCUGCUGAGAGUAGGGGUGGGAGUGGGACCUGGAAUGAAGAGACAAGCCAAUAAAAGUCAGUUUCUCUCAUCUCUAUGGUGCCCAUCACCAUGGUACCCUGAGAAGCAGCAGCCAAAUCCAUAAAACAAAACAAAACAAAAAAAUAGGUCCCUCUCCAUGGUGUCUCCCAAGGGUCUGGGCGGGGAUGCCCAAGGUUUCCAAGGGUGGGGUCACAGGCUGGGCCUGUGACCAGGGCAGGGCUGUGGGUUAGCAGCCGCUCCACAUUCUGUACGGUGGUCGGUGGCCAGCGUUUUUCACAUCUCUCCACGCUGGGUCCCAAUCAUCCAUCUUUGUGAUCACUCAAGAGCCCAAGGCUUUCUGUGCCCUUUUAUGUGCAGGGACAGCUAUGUGCACAUAUGUGUGUGUAUGUGCAUGUGUGUGAACAGAGGAUAUGAGUGGCUUGCUAAAGGUCACCCAGCAUAGUCAUACAGACCCUAACCUCUCCCCAGCUCCCAGGGAAGGAUUUUGCAAAACAGAGCUGGGGUGGGGGGAGCUUACAGAAGCCACAGAAGGAGACAGCGCUGAAGAGGUGGUGAAUCCCUGCAGUGGGCUCUUAAACUCCUUGGCAAAUUAUCUCUGUAUCCCCAGAGCCAAGCACACACUGAGUGCUCAAUAAAAGUU